AUCGCUUAUUGAUGUGAUAAUACUGAAUCGUCAUGUCUGAAAUCGUGGAACGUUUUGAGAAAAAAGCAAGGUUUGAAGAUGACCACGAAGCGGUAUUGAUUCGAGAGAAACUCGAGCGAUUUGUGGCCAACAUCCUGGCAGCGGUGGAAAAGCGAGACAAGCGAUUUCAGAGCACUCUUAUUCAAAGCGGAAGUGUUUACGAAGGAGUGAAAGUUCGCCGUCCAGAUGAAUUUGACUUCAUGAUCAGAACUGACUCACUCACCGACAAACCAUUGUUUCAUCCAUGUGACAAAGGCGAAGGCUACACGAAGCUCCUCCUAAAAGAACAAGAAUGGGAAGAAUUCAACGAUGGUGAAGGAUUCUUCAACCCAAAUCUGCUGUCCCGUUUGUUCAAGAAGCUUGUCAAUGCAUCUCUAAGUGACGCCGAGCUACCUGAAGGACUGGCCAUCCAACGAGUUAACCAAGAAUUGUUUAGGAAAACAUGGUGGCCUGUGUUUUCUGACAUACUAGGAAAUAGCGAUGGCCAAGAAAGCUCAUCUGGUGUGAUGUACUCGGAAACGCACGGCCCGGCUACAACACUUUACAUUCAGUGGCAAGGCGGUAAUAGUUAUAGGAAUUUAAUGAUAAGCGUUGAUUUGACACUGACUUUGGAUUACCAAAAAUGCAAGCUUCCUGUUCAGUUGUCCAAGCUUCCACAAGAAAUAGGACAAGUUCUUCAGAAGUGUGGAUUCCACGUUGUUCCUGCUGGAUAUGACAGCUGGCGCAUCUCGUUUUCCAUAGCAGAAAAAGAAAUCCUGGCCUCUUCUCCGGACGGUUUCAAAGCGUGUUACCGAGUUCUGAAAGUCCUGAGAGAUGAGAUAUCGGAAAGGCUGGGAUGGGAUUCAUCUUUGGUUCCAUCUUACAUGUUCAAGACCAUCCUUUUUUCCGAGCUGUCCACAAUGGACCGUUAUCUGUGGGGAAAUAAAUUUUGGUCUCAAAGGAUAAGUCAAGUUUUGGAGCUGGCUUGUGAGGGCGUGAAGAGGGAGAAAAUUUCGAGCUUUUUCAUACCCAGACACAAUCUACUGACGGUGGCUGAUCACGAGAACAAACUGCGCCAGUGUGUCCUGGAAGACAUGUUAAAUCAGAUGAAGGGUUUGGAAUUGGCAUACACACCAGAUAACGCCAGGGAGAGAAAACAACAGAUCAGGGUGCUGCAAAUGACGGACUUGCUGGAUUCCAUGAUCUCAGGUCUCCUUGCUGGAAACAUAGCGAGCCAGACGUUCUUAGCAACCAAAAAACAGACCUGGGAUCCCGUGGAGAUGUAGGACUUUUAGUCCUACAUCUCCACGGGAUAUCCAAUGGCUUACAACAUUCCAGUGUAAUCAUAUCCCUGUCGGUGAUCGUUUAUGUUCCACAAAACGCGUCAAGUUUUGCACGAAUGUGUCAUAA